UUUUACUUUUAGUUCCUUGGCAUUCGUUAUUCAGUUAUUUAUAUAACCUAUAACUUGAAUAAAUCUCUACUAAGAUACUCUACUAAGCCUAAAUAUAUCGGAAAUGCCAACUCUAAGAAACAGCCUCAUCGUCCUUUAUAAGGAUAUCGCUGAUAACGUCAAGACAAAUGUGGAGACCUUGAAACGUCAACGAAUAAACGAUACCUUCGUUUUUAUGGAACUUGAAAAAAGCUGUAAGCUUAUAGCUUUUUUCGAAGCCGUGAUGGCACUUCUGCAAAUAAUCUUCAUCUUUCGAAAAGGACAUUACGCACCCAACUCGCCGUAUUUCCUGUGGGUGCCUGGGGAACGCGAACAAAUCGAUCUGGAUGUUCUAAACAAACGUACGCGUAUGCGAACUAAUUUUCAUUUCACCAUCGGACUAAACUUGAUUACGAUUCUCAAUUCUUUGCUUCUCUAUAUAGGAACCAUAAAGAAAUACUUUGUCUGCCUCUACCUUUGGAUCUAUAUCAGCCUGUUUACAUUGGCUAUGUGCACUCUAAACAACACCAUUCUCAACUUUAAAACAGAGCAAAUAUACCUAGGAGCUAUAUCAUUGUUAUUUGAAUGCUAUUGUAUCUUUAUUGUGAUUUGUUUGAUAUUAAGUUACCGGGAUCAGUUGGAGGACUCUAAAACUGAAAAACCUGAAAUGGAAUCCGAAUCUGAUUCCGAUUUUGCAGAAUAAAAUGAAAUAUGUCCCUGUU